CAAGGCCAUGGGCGAGGAAAGUUUGGAGCGCAGCGACGGUAAGCUGCUGCAGCCGCACGUGGCCGAUUAUAGUCCGGUACGGCAGGAGCACCAUCAACACCAUCAUCCUGCACAGAUGCCACCACAGGACGAACCGUCGCCGGACGAACAGAGUGCCCGGGACGAGGAUAACACCCAACGAAGCAUCGUGUGUGGCCCCGCGGCAGCUUCCAAACUGAUCGAUUCCGCACCAAAGCAACAGGAAGACACUCAAAACAAGCUCAACAAGGUGCUUCCACCGGCACCACUGGUGCUGGUACCGCAUGGCGAUAGCACUAACGAACCAUCCCGGACGGAUUAUUCGGAAGAAAAUACUCAGAAUCAGGCUGAUCAGUCGAACGGACGGGCAGCGUUAUUACCGCGCAAUGGUAGUGCAACCAUUUGUCGUAGCAUUUCCAACAGCACGAUGCAACCAAAUGCGAAACCCGGCCAAACGGAACGAUACCGGCCACCCGAAGAAGGCGAUCCUGAGGAUGGUACGACCGAAGAUGACUACGAGCUCGUACCACCGGACGGUGGCUGGGGAUGGCUUGUGCUGGCCGGUUCGAUGCUGGUAAACAUUCUCGUCCCGGGUACGAUCAAAAGCUUCGGUGUGCUUUUUGUCGAAUUUCUGGAAGCGUUCCAAGCGUCACCCUCGACUGCCGCGUGGAUUCCAGCACUUUGCUACUUUCUGUACAGCUCGCUGGGACCACUAUCCAGCAUUCUGUCGGUGAAGUACAGCUACCGUACAGUAACGAUCGUUGGCGGUACGUUUGCGGCCGUCGGUAUGAUCAUCACGUUCUGGGCCACCUCGGUAAACUAUCUGUACAUCAGUUACGGUGUGCUGGUCGGUACCGGAGCCGGCCUUUCCUUUCCACCGACCGUGUACAUCGUUACGUCGUAUUUCGUGAAGCUGCGCGGCCUUGCAAACGGACUGUGCAUCUCAGGCAGUGCGCUUGGUUCGAUCAUUCUGCCACCGGUGCUACGUUUUCUACUCGAGAACUAUGGCUAUCGGGGUGCGUGUCUUAUUAUGGGCGGGAUAACGCUAAACGUGUGGGUAGCGGCAAUUUUCUACGAACCGGUGGAGAAGCACAUGAAGCGUGUCCGGAAGGUGCAACCGUCUGUGGACGAUGAGGAACUGGCGGCGGUGGUCGUUCAGCAGCGUGACGUCAUCCUAGAGGAGUGUGAAUCCAACGAAACUGAUCCGCUGGCGGAAGAACCGGCGAAUGGACCGAUGACAAUAAAUGUAAAUGCUUCGCAGACGCUCCUACCGCAAGGCAAGUCGACAAGUGUAAAACCAAAGUUUGCCAUUACCGGCGAUGAUACUCCGACCAUCUCGACGCCCACGCUUGAACACAAAUCCCCGGACAUAUUCCGUUUCAAUCCAAAGAACGGAUUGAUUGACAGUUUCGCGCGAAGUGCAUCGGCUGCAGCCGUUCCGGUUUCGUACGGAAGAGAUCGCGAUGAAAUGCUGGGUGGAGAAGUCGGAGGUGGAGGUAACAAACGGCAGAGGAAAAUCAGCACACCUAUCAAGGAGGAGCACCGAAACCUUACCUUCACCAGUCAGCUGAGUUCGAACUCGUUCCUUGGUAACGAUGGUACGCUCGGUUCGUACUUCCGCCUGAAUCGACUAAACUCAAUGCGCAGUGGAGUCGGCCAACCGGGAAGAGAUGGACAGCAGCUCGUGCAUCGACCACCGAAGCGAUCACCGUCGACUAGCAGCUUCCAGUACAUGAGCACACCGUUCCACGGCAGUACACUGUCCACGCAUCAGCCGAAAGAGUUCGCUUCCCAUCUGUCGCUGCGUUCGUUCGGGGGCAGUGUUUCACGGACGGGCAAAACGUCCGGUCCGGCGGAAGAUGAUACGAUGGAUCAAAACAAAACGGACAAGAAAGGCGACAGUAAGACGUUCUUCGAUUUGUCGCUGCUGAGCGAUCCGACCUACCUCGUGAUCCUGAUCUCGAACUCGACGAACGCGAUCGGUUACACCAACUUUAUCAUUCUGCUGCCGGCGUACGCCAUUUCGCUCGGGUUUGACAAGAGCUUGGCCGCGUACCUGCUAUCGAUCGUGUCGACGCUCGAUCUUGUCGGUCGUAUCGGUGGUUCGGCUCUGUCCGAUACCAAUCUCAUACCCAAGACGUGGUACUUUGUGGGUGGGUUGUCGAUAUCGGGGUUGGCCCUCGCACUAUUACCAACCGUCCGCGAUUAUACGAUGGUGAGCGUGUUUUGUGGGCUAUUUGGACUCGCGUCCGGUACGUACGUUGGGAUUACGGCAGUUAUUAUGGCUGAUAUGUUGGGUACCGAGCGGCUUACCUCGUCGUAUGGGAUCAGUCUGUUCGUCAACGGUAUCCUCCAGCUGGUUGGUCCACCGAUCUGUGGCGUGAUCUUCGAACGGAUGGGCAUGUAUCAACCGUUGUUCACAGCGCUCGGGUUUGUGCUACUCGGUGGAUCGGCUCUGUGGGGCUUCAUGCCGCUGAUCAAUCGACAGAAGCGAAGAAAAGCGGAAGCAGAGGCUAAGGCAGCAGCGGAAUCUUCAAAGGUAUUACCAGACCUUCCACAGCAACCGUACGACGAGGACGAUGAUGUGCCGUUGCAGUUGAAGCGUGACGGAGUGGACAGAUCAAUCGCCGCUUGA